CUUUGACAGACUCAAACGGGCGGUGGCAUGGUAUCGGAGGUUCUUCUGUGUCAUCCGGAAUGGUUCAUUUCGCAGGUGGUGCAUGACCCGCCGAAGGGGGCUUCGGCGGCGUGACCACGUUAGCGAGGCCUCUCUGGUUGUGUCCGACCUGCAUGAGGCAGAGCGUGCGAUCUUGCGGCACGUCCAGCGGGAACUCCCCGAAUUUCCUGGUAGAGACUGUGACGAUGGUCCAACUGAAGUGAGUUCGAGUAGUCCUCUGAGAAAGUUACGGCCGACCAUGCAGAGUGGUCUGCUGGUGGUUGGUGGUAGGCUGUCUCGAUCUGAUUGUGUCGCUGAGAGUGAGAAACACCCGGUGAUUCUCCCCCGGGAUAGUCACGUGACACGAUUGGUGAUCAGAGAGGCUCACCAGAGAGUUGGUCACGGGGGGAGAGACCACACUUUUUGGGACCUGAGACGUAAGUUUUGGGUCAUUGGAGCGGGAACAGAGGUCCGGAGGUUGAUCCGAUCUUGUGUGGUGUGUAGACGGGUAAAUGCCCGUCCCCAGCAUCAACUGAUGGCUGAGCUGCCUCGGGAGCGCGUCUCGGCAGACGCGCCGGCGUUCUCGUCGGUUAUGCUGGAUGUAUUCGGACCAGUGUUGGUCAAGACUGGGCGGAUUGAGCGAAAGCGGUAUGGACUGAUGUGUGUCUGUACGAUGACACGAGCUGUUCAUGUUGAAAUUCUGAGUUCAUUGAGUGCUGAUUCACUUAUCAAUGCCAUUCGACGCAUUAGUGCUCGAAGAGGCCAGAUCACCCAAAUCCGAAGUGACAUGGGAACGAACUUAACUGGCGCCGAUCGCGAACUCCGUGAGGCGCUGAGAGAGGUUCGCCAGAGUGAUCUGCAGCGCGCGGCGCUGAAGCAGGGUAUCGAUUGGAGUUUCAACCCUCCAACUGCUUCUCACUACGCUGGUGGUGUCGAAAGACAGAUCCGGACGUUUCGUAAAAUCUGGCGAUCUAUGCCUACUCAGCGUGUAGAUGACGAAACGCUCAGUACCUUGUUCUGUGAAAUCGAGUCGAUCAUGAACAGUCGCCCGUUGACAUACGUGUCGACGGCCUCGGGUCAGGUGGAACCCCUGACGCCGGGUCACCUGUUAUUCCUGAGGGGUUGCGUCGGACCCAUUCCUGGUGAGUUUUCUGAGGCCGACUCACUGCCGCGGCGCCGAUGGCGUCAUGUACAGCAUUUGGCUCAGGAGUUCUGGCACCGCUGGAAGCGGGAGUAUUUGUUAUCACUGCAGACGCGACAGAAGUGGACGCGUACUGCCACGAACCUGGGACCGGGUGAUAUUGUUUUGUUAGUAGAUCAAGAUGUACCUAGAGGUAAGUGGCGGAUGGGGAAGAUAGUUAAGGUUUUUCCCAGCCGGGACGGGCUGGUUCGAAAGGCUCUGGUUAAAACGUCUACGUCGGAAUACCUGAGGCCAAUCCAUAAGAUGGUCCUGAUCAGCACGGAGUCUGAUCUGCAGUAGACGUGCAGUGUCCGCGUCCCAUUGUGGGUAUUGGUUUGAACGGAUCUGCAGCUGUAGUGUACGAUAUGUAGGCAAACAUCAGGUGAGUGACUUAUGUAGAAUUCGUGUAGUUAAGUUUUAGUGGGUAAGUGCAGUGUCCCAACGGGAUAAUUGUUUGGGUUAAUUGUUUGCUAGUUGUUAGAUAAGUAAAGCCGUCAGGAUGUUGUUUGAACUGAUGCAGCUGUUAGCUCGUUAAGUCCGUAAACCACUGAUGGUGAUUUGACUUUGAUCGGGCGCCGUGUUCUGUUAGUUCGGCCGCCCUUGCUCCGGUCGUCCGAAGGGGGGAGUGUUAAUGGCGCCCGCGGUCCGCAUUGAAUCCCUCACCCUUCCUUUGAUGCCACACGUCAGCAGCUCUAGCUGAGUCGGACUUGCACCUCUAGCUGAGUCGGGCGAGUGCCGAUGUGGCAGCUGGCCGCGGUCACGUGACCGAGCGUGACCCUUGUGCGGGCCGAGUAGAGGGCGUUGUUUUGUGCCCAGUGUGCUGAGGGGCGGACGUGUGAGCUGGAGCUGCGCGAACUGUAAGUGGAUUCUGUAUUUGAAUUAUACUUUGUUCUUCUUGAUAUUGCUAUAAACAUGCUGGUCGAUUCAUUAACGUAAUAUAGCUGUUUGUUCGAGUUUGAUUUAUGUACGUGUUUACUUUCGCUAGGCAGAGAGAGCACCGCGAAGUCGGGCUGCUCGUGAGUCCGGGGAUGUUUGGCGGCCGAGCUGUGGCUGUGGGUUCCCCCGUGACGGACCGUGUGGACGGAGCGAUCUUCGUGACGAGAUCGACUUGUUGAGCGCCGGAGACGUGAACAGCCGUAACGGACAGUUUCGGACUGCCUCGAGAGCUGAUGCAGACGAAUAGAGGUCCAGUUGACGGCACAGCGUGUGUGACUACGAGGGCGCUCGGUUUGGCCCACGGCUGAGGCCGUGGC